AUCAAGAGGUACCUCUGUGAGUUAGUCGACAAUGAGCUGCUAGUAUAAGGGCCUUUACCAUGGACCUGAAACUAGCUUUCCUCCUGGGAUCCUUGCUCUACACUGUUAGUGGUAGUACUGAGGUGAACGGCUAUGCCAAAACCGAAGGAGCAUGGAUCCUCUCGCUGAACAAAAGACAGUACUCCGUAAACACAGCGGCUGAAUGUGCAACCAAAUGUGACAAUGAAACAGCCUUCACGUGCAAGGCUUUCAUGUAUGUUCAAAAGGACCAGGACUGUUGGACAGCAGAAGCAAACUCCAAAUCUGAGUCUAUUUUACGCAGAACAAGCGCAGUUUUAUAUGAAAAAGAUGGAUACCUCCUGGAGUGUGUAAAUGGAUUAGGAUCAGAUUACAGAGGAACAAAGAGUAAAACAAAAUCUGGAAAGACGUGUCAGAGAUGGGAAGCAAAAUACCCACACAGACCAAAUAUCACACCACAGAGCCAUCCCCGAGCAGACCUGGACUCUAACUUCUGCAGAAACCCUGAUGGAGAUGCUGGGGGACCCUGGUGUUACACCACCGACCGCAACACUCGCUGGGAACACUGUGAUGUACAAAGCUGCACUGAGGAGUGCAUCCACUGCAGUGGAGAGAACUACAGAGGGAAGAUCUCCACUACAGAAAGCGGCUUCACUUGCCAACGCUGGGACUCCCAGAAACCUCACAGCCAUGGCUACAACCCCAGCGCACUUCCGGAGAAGUAUCUUGAGCACAACUACUGCAGAAACCCAGAUGGAGACCCCCGACCAUGGUGCUUCACAACUAGCCCAUCUAAACGAUGGGAGUUCUGCUCUAUACCCCGCUGUGCUUCCGAACCUCCCACCAUCGUCCCAGAGCUGACCUGUGCCACCGGUGAUGGUCUAUCGUACCGAGGCACCGUGGCUGUGACGGAGUCCGGUAAAACGUGCCAGAGAUGGGCGGCUCAGACGCCACACAAACACAACCGCACGCCAGCAAACUACCCCUGCAAAGACCUAGAAAACAACUACUGUCGUAAUCCCGACAAUGAGAGGAUGCCAUGGUGUUACACAACUGACUCUGAAACUCGCUGGGAGUACUGCAAAGUGCCAACCUGUGGGAAUCAAACAGGACCAGAUGAUGCAGUGAUCCCACCAGAGGAGGAAGACUGUUACGUGGGGGAUGGGUCAACUUACCGUGGCAUAACAUCAGAGACAAUCAGUGGAAAAAGAUGUCAAAGCUGGAGUGCCAUGACUCCACACAAGCAUGCGAAAACUCCAGCAAACUUUCCUAACGGAGACCUCAGAAGGAAUCUGUGCAGGAACCCUGACAACGACCGAGCUCCCUGGUGUUACACUACAGACCCCAGUGUCCGCUGGGAGUACUGUAAUUUGGAGAAAUGCUCCACUCCAAAGCCCACCAGACCUUCUCAACCCCAGAUCCCCUCCACUGCCACCCAGGCUACACCAGAGAAAGAUUGUAAGAUUGGAAAUGGUGUGACAUACCGGGGUCCAACCUCCAUCACCGUUCUGGGCGUAACCUGCCAAGCCUGGAGUGCUCAGACCCCUCACCAACACAACAGCUUCACACCACAAAGUCACCCCACAAAGGGUCUGGAAGGCAAUAGCUGCAGAAACCCAGACGGUGAUGUGAACGGACCAUGGUGCUACACCACUGACAGGAGCAAGAAAUGGGACUACUGUCAGAUCCCAGACUGUGCUGGGCUGAAGUGUGGUACGCCAGUCAACAAACCCAAACGUUGUUUUGGUCGUAUUGUGGGAGGUUGCGUGUCUAAACCUUUCUCAUGGCCCUGGCAAAUCAGCCUCCGGACAAACCAUGGAGUUCAUUUCUGUGGAGGAACUCUGAUUGACGCUCAGUGGGUCCUUACAGCUGCACACUGCCUGGAGAGGUCCAAACUGCCUGGAGCCUACAAGAUAUACCUGGGCAUCUACACAGAAAGAGGCAAUGAGCCGUCGAAACAAGAGAGAAACCUGGAGAAACUGGUGCUGGGACCCAAUGGAGCCGACAUCGCUCUGCUCAAACUUCAGAGCCCUGCACUAAUAAAUGACAAAGUCCUGCCGGCUUGUCUGCCAGAAAAGGACUUCAUUGUUGCCAGUGGAACAGAGUGUUAUGUUACCGGAUGGGGUGACACUCAAGGUACCGGAGGAGAAGGUAUCCUGAAGGAGGCCGGUUUCCCUGUGAUCGAGAACAAGGUCUGUAAUCGUCCAUCCUUCCUGGCCGGCAGAGUUAGAGAUCACGAGAUGUGUGCUGGAAACAUCGAGGGAGGAACAGACAGCUGCCAGGGUGACAGCGGUGGUCCUCUUGUGUGCCAUGCACAGAACAGGUACAUCCUGCAGGGUGUGACAUCAUGGGGUCUUGGGUGCGCCAAUGCCAUGAAACCUGGCGUUUACGCUCGAGUGUCCAAGUUUGUCGACUGGAUCGAUAGAACCAUCAAAGCCAAUUAAAAACUAUCCACCUUUAACACAUGCAGUGGCAUCAAAUUGUGACCAGUUGCAUAAAACCACUGUUCAUUGUACUUUUUGAAGAUGGUUUAAAAUGUGUGUGUUUGUAGCGUGGUAUUAUCUGAUGUGUAGCAGAUCGUAUUCCUGCUUUUUGGGGUGUAAAGGUUUGUUUUCUGUAAGAGCUGAAAAAUAAAACUUUAAUACAAAGGAAA